UUCUCCUCCUUUUCACGCUUUCUCUAUCUAGAAUGAGUUCCUUCUCUCUCUAGACUUAUAUUGUGGUGGAUAUUUUGCGAGGGAGAUAAAUGAUCGCGUGCGAUCAAUUAAUUUCUCAUGCUCUCGUCAUUGUGAAAUAGCUCUCUAAAAGGGGUGUAAUUUUUCGGUAUAUUGUAUUGGAUCUCUGGUUUCGGAGAGAUGGGGGCGUGUGUUUCCCGGCCGCAAAAUUGCGUCGGAUGUAAAUCAGGGAAGAAGAUGAGCAGGAAGCGUAGAAGGUUUUUGAAGAAAAGGGCGGCUUCUAAUUAUCUAUCCGAUCGAUCAUCGGAAAAGCUUCCAUCUCUGCCUUCUGAUCGUUCCCCCAAUAAUUUGCCUUUCAAUGGAAGUGGUGAAGAAGCGUGGUUCGAUCCUGCUCUCGAAUCUGACUGGAGUGAUGAAGAUUUCCAAAGCAUCCCUGAUGAUGUGCCCUCUCUUAGCGGUUUGGAUGGACCAUCCACAGCGAGCUUUGCUUCUCCCAGAGAUACAAGUCAAGUAAACUGUGAUGUGAGCGUAUCGUCUCUUGAUCAUCAUGAGGAGUCGUGUAAUGGCAGCUCAGCGCGCAAUUCUGUCAGCGGAGCAUCUAGAAGCUCAGUCCAUCCGAGUGCUUCUGACUUGAAACCGAAAUCUGGUGAGCUGCAGAGUGGAAACACACCCGUAUUCAUUGAUGAAAUUUCCUCCUCGGCUGGGGAAACUGCUGGAGGUGAUGACAGUAUAUUGGACAAUUGUGGACUUCUUCCAAAUAACUGUUUGCCUUGUUUAGCUUCAACUGUUCACACCGAUGAAAAGAAAAGUAGCUCUAGUCCGAGAAAAAAAGCAGCCUUGAAACUACCGUUCAAGUGGAAGGACGGACAUCCUGCAGCGGCUUUAUUUUCUUCAAAGGCGUUACUGCAAAGACCUAUUGCUGGUUCCCAAGUGCCUUUCUGCCCCUUGGGGAAGAGAGUGCCAGAUAGUUGGUCGGAUGUCGAGCCAGGGACUUUUAGAGUCAGGGGAGUGAAUUAUUUUAGAGAUAAGAAGAAGGAUUCGGCUCCCAACUGCGCUGCAUAUUAUCCUUUUGGUCUUGAUGUGUUCUUAUCUCAGAGGAAAAUUCAUCACAUUGCUAGAUUUGUGGAGCUUCCUUCUGUCAAUUCUUCGGGGAAACUUCCAUCGAUGCUCGUUGUAAAUGUUCAGAUACCAUUAUAUCCAGCAACAUUUUUUCAGGGUGAAACAGAUGGGGAAGGAAUAAACUUCGUUUUGUAUUUUAAGCUGUCUGAAAGCUUUGCAAAGGACCUUCCAACCCAUUUUGUAGAGAAUAUUAGGAGGUUGAUUGAUGACGAAGUGGAAAAGGUUAAAAGUUUUCGUACUGAAACAAGCAUUCCCUUCAGAGAAAGGUUGAAGAUAUUGGGUCGAGUAGCAAACGUGGAUGACCUUCCUCUGAGUGCAGCAGAGAGGAAGCUCAUGCAUGCCUACAACGAGAAACCUGUACUUUCACGUCCUCAACAUGACUUUUAUUUGGAAGCAAAUUAUUUUGAAAUCGACUUGGACAUGCAUAGAUUCAGCUACAUUUCGAGAAAAGGGUUCGAGACAUUUCUUGAUAGGCUAAAGCUAUGUGUAUUGGAUUUUGGAUUGACAAUUCAGGGUAACAAAGCUGAAGAGAUGCCAGAGCAGAUUUUGUGUUGUAUUAGGUUAAAUGAGAUUGAUUAUUUAAAUUAUCAUCAACUUUGUUCCGAAGAAACUAUGGAUUAGAAACUGUGUAAGCAUCAAGAUGAUGGUGGAUGAAUGCAGUUUUUUUUACAUGGAA